AACGGCACCUUAAGCAGGUUCUAGUAAAUUCUUCCGGGUUGUCGCACGUUAAGCGCUCCCACGGUCUGACUUCGGAGAAAUCCAAGCCUGGGCUGCUGCAUCUGCCGGCUAUGGUUCAAUUACACAUCAAACACGGUAGUGAAAGCCAAUUUUUGCUUGACACCACAGUAGAUGUUACAGUGGAGGAUCUAACCAAGCAAGUAUCAACCAUUUACAAUGGCAGACUCAAAGUGGACAGGGUUUGUUCAGAAAUAAGUGAAUUGGCAGAGCAUGGCACCUUCCUUCCUAUUAAUAUGCAAGGACUGACAGAUGAGCAGAUAGAAGAACUCAAACUGAAAGAUGAGUGGGCAGAGAAAUGUGUACCAAGUGGAGGAUAUGAAUUUAAAAAAGAUGAAAUUGGACGGAGAAAUGGACAAGCUCCAAAUCAGUCAAUGAAAGCAGUUUUAACAAGGACUAAAGAAGAGGCUAAAGCGCUUAUUUCAAAGAAACAAGUUCAGGCCAAUGUAUGUGUAACAAUGGAGAUGGUUAAUGAAGCACUUGACCAACUGCGAGGAGCUGUUAUGAUUGUUUAUCCCAUGGGGCUUCCACCACAUGAUCCAAUCCAACAAGAAUUUGAAGGGAAAGAAGAUCUGUCAGGACUACAGGCUGGGAAAAUGGUGAUUGAAGAGUCCGAGGCUCGUCUGUGGUGGGCAGGAAAAGAGUUGCAAAGAGGAAAGAAACUUUCUGAUUAUGUUGGCAAGAAUGAGAAAACUAAACUUGUUGUAAAGAUACAAAAACAAAGUCAUGGUGCUCCAGCUAGAGAGCCAGUUAUCACUGAAGAUGAACAGAAGCAAAUGAUGAUGUAUUACUACAGAAGACAAGAGGAACUCAAGAAACUUGAUGAAAAUGAUGAUGAAUCUUAUCUUGAUUCAGCUUGGGCAGAUAGGCAUGCUCUGAAAAGGCAGUUUCAGGGUGUAAAAGACAUCAGGUGGGGUCCUAGAAAAUAGUGGCAAUCAACUCGCAUGGUAAACUUUGUUGCUUUACUACCACAAACAAUGAGGAUGCUACAAUAUUCCUAUAUAAAGUAUUUGCAUUUAAGAAAAUCAAUAGCUAAUGAAAUAAUCCUCCAUGAUUUAAGCGUCUUUCACCUUUUGAACAAAUGGAAAGCUCUAGACUUUCAAAAUAUUGUUAAUGGUAAAUUUGUAUGGUAGAUGCAGUUCUUUAGCCUAAUUUUAUAUAUUUUGGAAUUCUGGAACACUUGUAUUCAUGUUAAAUAAAUAUUUAUUUUCCAAUU